AUGGGGAGAUGUAAUGUCCUUGUGUAUGGUGGUGGAGCCGUCGGAUCGAUUUUCGGUUGGCGAAUAGCACAGAAUAGCCAUGCCACAGUAUCUGUUGUGUGUCGAUCGAAUUGGGAAGCCGUUCGCACAUCUGGCUACAGCCUGGACACAAAAACCUGGGGAAAAGGAAUUUUCGUGCCCCGUCGAGUCCUGAGGUCAGGAUCUGUGGCGAAGGUCAUUCCCAAACAAAAGUGGGAUUACCUUAUCCUCGCGAACAAAAUCAAAGACGAUUAUGCUUCAACUUUAUCCGAGCUCCAGUCGGUUGUGUCUCCGGAGACUACGCUGGUCACAGCCCAGAAUGGGAUGGAUGUUGAGGUUCCCCUUGCACAGGCAUUCCCCAAGAACACAAUCCUCAGUGCUGUGUGCAACAUCGGCUGCAGGCAAAUCUCGCCUGGUCGCAUAGAGCAGACCGCGAGCAUUAAACGAUCCGCUUUCUUGAUCGGUGCUUAUGCUCCAGGUACGCCUGCGGACAUCUUGCAACGCGACACUCUAUCUGCCAUGGAUGCCCAGUUCGAAAGUGUCAAUCGCAUAGAGCAAGAGCGAUGGCGAAAACUGGUCCUGAACUCAGCCUGGAACUCGGUCACUGCACUGACUGGCAAGAACACCCAUCGGGCACUGCAAGAGCCCGGAGCAGCUCGACUGAUGUCCCAGAUUGCCGGAGAAGCGCUCAGCGUCGCUUCUGCGAGCGGAGUGAGCCUGGAUAAUGACUUGCCAGUUCAAGUCAUCGAGCUUGCAAAGAGUAGUCUGCCGAUCACACCUUCGACCUUGCAGGAUCUCCGGAGUAGGCGACCCAUGGAGCUGGCACCGAUUUUCGGUUACCUCGUCAUGCAGGCCCGACAAGUCGGCUUGCCUGUACCAUACCUCACGUGGGUACACGAGCUGCUCCAACAGCGGAAUAGUCAGUUGGUCGCGCGUGCAGCAUCGCAUGGACCAUCGUGGAGCGGUUCCACGUCAGUUGUCGAUCUUUUGGCACAAGAAAUGCCCCCGAGACUUUCGGCAGUCGCGUGA